CAAAUUUUCGACAUUUAUGAAAAGUUAUUCUCCUACAUUUAAUUUAUUAAUUAAUAAUGUUACGAAGAAUUCGAUUAUUUAAUCGAAAAUUAUCAACAAAUGUAAAACCAAAAGUGAUAGCCGAUGAAAAUGUAAUUUCAAACGUUGAAAAUCAAAGUUAUAAAGCUCGUCAUCACCCGGGGAUUGUUAAAUUAAAAACUGUGUCUUUACCAGAUAAUAUUGUUAAAGCUAUUACUAAAAUUACAGCAGAUUAUCCCAUAAAAGCGCUUGUAACGAAUUCAGAUUUAUUGGGAAGGCAUUUAAGAUAUAGAGUGCCGCCUAUGGAAAGUGAUCAAUUAAACGAUUUAAAACAUAAAUUAUAUAAACAAGAGUUAUGGAAGGAAAAAGACUCUAAAAUACAAUCGGAAGAAAAAUUCCAUCAAAAAAUAAAAGAUAAGGUUAAAAUUUUAUUGAAAGAAAAAGUAUACAAUUGGUCCCCAAUAAAUUAUGAUCAACAACAAUCGUUGUUAUAUUUAUUUGCAAGGAGUUCGAUGGAAUAUGCAGUUUUAGCAAAAAUAUUUUUGGAGAUAUCAAAUCGAGAUCCGGAUUUUAAACCAAGAACUUUAUUCGAUUUUGGGUCAGGCGUCGGUAGUGUAACUUGGGCGGCGAAUACUUACUGGAAAAAACAUCUUUUUGAAUAUUACAAUGUUGAUAUUUCAAGAGAUAUGAACGAUUUAGCUCUCACUAUAUUAAGAGGUGGACCUGGAUAUUCCAAUCAAAAUAUAAAGGGCGUUUUUUAUAGACAAUUUUUACCAGCUACUAAUGUUAUGUUUGAUUUAGUUGUAUCUGCAUAUUCUUUAUUGGAAUUACCAUCUUUUAAUACUCGAAUGGAUACAAUUUUAAGAUUAUGGAACAAAACAAAUAAAUAUUUAAUAAUUGUGGAAAAUGGAUCUAACGCAGGAUUUAAAGUUAUUAAUGAAGCGAGAGAUUUCAUAUUGAAAAUGAAUCAAUCUAAUCAAGGCCACAUUUUUUCACCUUGCCCUCACGAUUUAGUGUGCCCAAGAUUUUUAGCGGAUGAUAACACACCUUGUAACUUUGAAAUUAAUUACUUCCAUAUUCCGUUAACGAAUAAAUUUGAAAUGCAAAAAGAACGAUAUUCUUACAUAGUCUUUAAAAAAAGUGUCGAUAAGGAUUCAACGCAAAAUUGGCCACGGGUUGUUCGAGAAACUUUAGUUCGAUCCAAACAUUGCAUUUGUAGAACUUGCACCGCUGAUGGAAAAUUAUCUGAAGUAAUUUUUACAGCAUCAAAACACGGAAAAACUAUGUAUCAUUGUGCAAGAUCAACUAAAUGGGGAGAUAGAUUACCUAUUAUUUUAGAUGAAAACGGUCAAAAUUCUAACAAUUUAGAUACCAAAACGAAUUCAGUAAAGAGAGAUUUAUGUUCCUUAACGGCAGAAGAAAACUUAGAUAAAAAAAGCUCAGAAAAUAAUACGUGAUUUGUAACAAUACAUUUUGAGAAGAAUAAUACAUUUAAGAGAGUAUUUUAAAUAUAUAAUUACUAAAAUAAAGACAAACUAGGCUUAAAAUCUUAUAUUGUUUGUCAAAUUUUUUAGAUUAUGAAAGCCAACAAUAAUUAAAUAUAUUCUAUAAUUUUUUAUUUUUCAAAUUGUGCUUUAGUUUUUCCAAAUAAUGAAAAUUUGAAAAAACUUUGGAGACGUCACCGUCGUUUCGCACGCGAUUGGUUGAAAUAAAAAUCAAUAAAAGGUGCAUGAGCGAGAUGCCACGAGAAACGUCACCAAAGUUUUUAUACAGCGGAUUUUG